AUGGCGAGUGGUCCGAAAUCGACCGAUAAGCUAAUAACAAUGGAGCAACUGAAGAAAGAGGUUGUUGAAGUUUUACGGUCUUGUGACGGCCAUUGUUUGGAUAUUUCCAAAUUCAAGAGUGAGUACAAGCAAAAGUUUGGGAGAACUUUUGAGAAACACUAUCGUGCGUUUUUGAAGGGAAAAAAGUUAAGCAAUCUCAUGGCAGCGUUAGAUAUUAUUGAACUGCCGAAAUCUAACGAAAACCAAAGCAUCAUUCUAAUGAAAUUGAAAGAAUCGAAUCUAAGCGAGCUUAAAUCGUCCAGUUCGGGUGCUGCCUCUCAGCAGAAAAGGUCUGAUUCGAAUGAUGCAAUAGCUAAAUUAGAAAAAUCACCGGCUAAAGAAAGACAAGCAGCUGCUGAAGGUCUUCCAAAUAUUGCAAGUACUGCAGUCAUCCCACCAAUUACCAGGGUUGAAAGCAAACAGGAUGUGACAGAUCCCUUACAAGUAAAAUCUGCUUCAUUGGUGACUGUCUCUCCUCUACCACUGCCAACACCUUUACUUCCAAUUUCAAGUGUUAAAAAUACAGGUAUGAUCGUGAUAUUAAACAACGAAGUUGGAUUUGAGGAGAAGAAUAUCCGUGCGUUGUGUGAUGUUGGAAGAAGUACGAAAGGGAAACAUCGUUAUGGCUACAUUGGACAAAAAGGUAUCGGUUUUAAGUCCGUAUUCCGGGUUACCGAUUGUCCUGAGGUCCAUUCCAAUGGAUAUCAUAUUCGAUUUGACGCAAAAAGCGGGCCAAUUGGUUACAUACUUCCUGAGUGGAUUGAAGACAAGUCUCUGGAGGAACGGGCUAGAGAGGAUUUGGGAGACGAAUCUGUUUAUGAUGAGAAGGGGGAUAAUGAGGAUGGAGUGAGUAACACCGCGGAUGAAUUUAGCAACUGGCCAACACGUAUAGUCCUGCCAUUAAAUGAGGAACAUCAACAAAACGAGAAGUCCUCUCUCGCGCCCAGAUUUCACGAUAUUCGUCCCUCACUUUUGUUAUUCUUGCAUCGUUUGCGAGGAAUCUUUAUUCAUGACAAGGUGCCCAAUUACAUAGGACACUAUCACAAGAAGGACUUGGGAGAUCAUGUCAUGGAAAUCAAGCACACCAAAGGCACAGAUCGGUGGCUUGUUAUAAAAAAACAGCUUGAUGCCUCGAAUAUGAAAGAAGAUGUAGAGAUGAGUGAGCUGGCGUUAGCUUUUCCGUUAUUUGAUGAGUCAGGCAGUACCCCAAGUCUACGGGUGAGACACCAGGCCCUGCCACAACAGGAUGUGUUUGCGUAUCUUCCCCUGAGAAGUUAUGGUUUUCGAUUCAUCAUCCAAGGCGACUUUGAGGUUCCUUCGUCUAGAGAGAAUGUCGACAGUGACAAAUCUUGGAAUCAGUGGCUGAGGGAAGAGAUUCCACAACUAUUUAUUGACGCUCUUUCAGUGUUCGUGGAUCACGCAUCCUUUUCCGGCCUCUCCUCCUUGGUUUCAUAUUUCCAAUUUGUACCACUUGAAGAGGAAAUUACCGACUUUUUUUCGCCCGUCGCCCGCCAUAUUUUAAAACUUCUUCAAGGCAAGUCCUGUAUACCAGUUGAGAGGUCCAGUAUAGAAAAGGAGAAACCGAACAAAGGUGAUGAUGGAGAGAGCUACGUCUGGGCUCUCCCUAGUGAGGCCAUAUUAUGCGAAGACAGCAUCAUACAGGAGCUCAUAACCUCAACCCUUUUGGAGGAGCAUCUAGGGUUGAGGUACCUUCAUCCAGAAAUUGUUCCAGCGCUAAAUCCCGCCCUUAGAUCCCGUCUUGGAAUAGAGACAUUGUCCAGCAAGCACUUGAUGGACAUUGGUAAAGCGGAGGUGAAGAAGGCUUCAAAGGAGUCAAAUAAAGCCACUUCCCAUGACAAGGACUGCCAACCGGAUGUUGUGAGGAUAGCGUGGGUAGCUCGAUGGUUGCAGUGCAUUUUUAGAUGUCUCGAGCAGGAGCGAAAUAGCAGUCAAGAAAUGUUGGAUCGAAUUCGUUCUCUUAGGGUGUUCCCGUUAACAGAUGGCUCUUUCGUAAACCUUAAAGAAGACUCCGUUUUCCUACCGUUGUCUCUACAGAGAAUAUCUGGAGGAGCUACUCCAAAGGCGAAGAAAGGUAUUUCGUGGACUCUUAUUGACGAGUCGUACUUACACUCUUGUGCAGCAUUGAAAGCUAGUUCUGUGGAUUGGAAAGAAUUUCUUACCAAGCUCGGUGUCAAACACUUUUUUUCCAUUAAAAGGAAAUCAGUAAAGAUACAUCGAGACACUAUGGCUAAGUCGCCUUGGGCGUCGUGCGAAAGCAUUUGGCAGACAACUCCUGAUGGCUUUUACAUUAUUAAUGACUGGGCCUGCGAGGAAUUUGAAGAAUUUCUUCGAAAGAUUGACACCGCUGACGCCAAGCAAGUCAGUCCUGAGGAGGCAAAAUUCUUGGCUCAGUGCAUAGAUGAACAUUGGGAUGGCGAGUACGCUCAAUAUGCUGAAGACCCCGUUCAUGUCAAAGAUACAAACGGCCAUAAUCUCAAGGAAACUCAAACUUCCUUUUACCUGAAUCUCGUCAACAAAGCGUGGAUGGCCUCUGCCGCUGGAGGUAAGGACUUCUAUCUUCCAAGAGACCUCUUCGUGAAGAGUGAAUGCGUUUAUCAGCUUCUUGAGAAUCAUGUUAGGUACGUCGCAGCAGAUUUAAAGAGUCCUUCUUUCAUAACAACUCUACGAAUUCGAGAAAACAUAGGCGUGGAUGGACUGAUAAAGGAGAUGAAGAGGUGGGCAGGUGGUUGCAGUGAGAAAAUGGAUGGAAAUCAACGAAAGGAGUUUACUACUUCUGUUUCGCACAUGAGCAAAGUCUACUCUUUUCUUUUCACGAAGAUGAAAGAGAGUAGGAAAGAAGAGAUGAAAAUACAAGAGGCAUUUUUGAAGUCUGAGAUGAUUUUUGUCCCACAUCAACCUUCCAGUCAGCCUCAGUCAACACGCCAAUCACCUGGAUCUUUUUAUUUGAACAAAGAAGUUUUCUGGAGAGAUCCGACAGAUGUCUUGUUGAGGCUUUUUAAAGAACAAGGCAAGAUGACCACAAGGCACCUACUGGAAAGGUUCUACGGAAGCAAAAGUAGCCAGGAAAGUCUUGCAACCUUUUUUGUUGAUCUUAUCCGUGUCGACGAGACACCUAAUGUGGGUGAGUACAUCGAAAUGGCAUCGACUGUUGCUGAAGUUUCUCGUUUUCCCUCUCCUUCGUCUUUGAGCGAUAUAUUGAAAAUCUUUGCAACCUUGGGCAAAAAAUGUGUCAGACGCCACCACAAUAACAGCUUACGACCUGAUCAACAAAUCGACGAAACUAUGGCUGCCUUUUUGGAAAGAUCCUUACAUGACGAACAAGUAUGCAUUUUUCCUACAGCAGAUAAAUGGGUUGCACUUUCUGACAAGCCACUUAUAGCUGACGAUAGAAGUCUCGUGAAGAUUUUCCAGAAGGAAAAAAGGGUCCACUUUCUUGACUUCGGAGAUUUCUUUCAACCUCAGAAGCGUGGAUCAUCCAAACAUGGGCCUCCAGACGAACACGAGUUAAGGAAGCACUAUGUUUCCUUGUUCUUGAAGACCUGUAGAGUAACAAAGUUGAGUGAAUGUAUCAAGAAAGAGUUUACUCCAGGCGGUGCUGUGCAAUACCAGUGCUUUCCCGUGCAGAAGUACUUCCACCAGCUCAUGCCAUGUGUGCAACGUUUUCUAUACUCUAGGUAUCAAUCGGUGUACAAUGAACUGAGCCAUCAAGGAUUUUCACAGAAACUGCCACAGAUGCAAUUUGCUUCCGUACCAAGUUUGGCAACAGUUUAUUCGUUGACCACACAUCCUGACGUUCAUGUUUCCCUUGAAGAACGAUCUGGCGUACAAAAAGCAGGGGGCGUAUACUGUCUUUACGUCGUUCAAGACUAUCAGAAUAAUUUAGAAGUGUUAAAUGCCGAAAUGAUAAAACUUUUGUUUGGAGGGAAAAUGCAGGGUGCUUCAGACCUUAGCAACUUUUUGGUUGCAGUGAAAAAUUACAAUGGGGAUGAUCUUGACAGCUACUUGGAAGAUGAACAGGACUUGGAGCCUUUACCGGAAGACGAAGAACGGUGGAGCGUUCCACCUCCCGAGGAACCCGAAAUUGUUGAGGAUGAUGAUCAAGAGGCUGUGAAUGAAGCCGUUCUUUUUCACAAGGAAAGCACCACCCCGUCGAGGUCAGGCGACGAUGGUCUUCAUUCCUGGCCACCAAAAUCGUCCGCUCAAUACGAUAAGGCAUGCAAACGUGAAGGGGAUCCUGGAACUGAACCCACUGUAAAGAUGUGGCCCUUGCCGGAGCCUCCUGAAACUGUGGAGAAACCUCCUAGGGAAGAGAAUCAUGUUAAUUUGGUCCAGAGACCUACCCUACAUGAUAUAGACACCACAAGAGCGCCUAAGGACACGUCGGAAAAGCCCCUUAGCGGAGACCAUAGGAACCCUGUGCAGGAUAAUCCUGUUUCAGUCGUCCCUGGGCAACAAUGCACAAAAAAUUAUGUACAGCAACCCCCUGAGGUAAGCAUUGUACAUGCUAUCGUGAAGGACCCGCAGAUGAGUGCUCGUGAAAUAGCAAGCGAUUUGUGUCCCAAUGAAAAUGAAAGCCGUCAACACGAUGCAAAGCGUGUGGAACCCCCUCCACCCCAAGUGCUUAUACCACCCCAAGUGCCCAUACCACCCCACGUGUCCAUACCACCUCAAGUGCCUAUACCACCUCAAGUACCAAUACCCGGAGAGCAGUCUCUCGAAACCAUUCCUGGCAAUUUAGCGAGGCAAACCUCUCCAAGCUGCUCAUACCUCUGGUUUGAUGGGGGUCCUUCUGAAGUUGACUUCGAAGAUCUUCAAUUCAAUGCUGAUCUGAGGAUCUUGGAGCGGAUCCCGUUGGUGGAUAACCCAAACAAAGACGAAAUUGGUCGUUGGGGAGAGCAGUGUGUGUUUCAGUUUCUCCAAGAGCAAGCACGAGGCCAACCUCCUGGUUCGUUUGAAAUUGUCUGGAUAAACGAAAAAGGAAACACAACUGCGCCCUACGACAUUGAGAUUCGACAACAUAUCCCAAGUGUUGGAGAAAGUGACAGACGCACUGUAAAAACGUUCGUUGAAGUGAAGACCACGUCCUCAGAUCAAAAGGACAUUUUUGAGCUGUCGGUUCCGGAACUUCAAUUCGCAUGGGAACACCAAGUCGCCUUUCACUUAUAUCGUGUCUUCAAUGCGGGCAAACCUAAUAAUGUCCGAAUUCGCCGUUUGCAAAAUCUUGCCGUCCACUUAGAAAAGAAGACCGUAAAACUAUGUAUGGUCAUAUGACGACUGUGGGCAGAGUAACUGUUGUAACUAAAAAUUUAUGUGACAAAGUUGAGAUGAUGCAGUUUUGGCGGUAUAUUUGUGCGGGGAAAGAAAUUGCUGAAUGAUGUGGGAAGAAAGUGAGAAUUUAAAUUACGUAGUGAACAAUCAAUUAGGGAUUUGAAAUCGACGUUUUUACAAACAGAAUGUGUAUUCGAUUUUUUAAUUCGCUUUGAGUGAAAACUUUUGGCUGAUUUAAAAGAUAUUAGCAUGUGUCAAAGUUGAGAUGAUGCAGUUUUGGUGGUAUAUUUGAAAAUCAUUGUGCGGAAAAAGAAAUUUGCUGAAUGGUCUGGGAAGAAAAUGAGAAUUUAAAUUAUGUAGUGAACAAUCAAUUAGGGAUUUGGAAUCUUGACGUUUUUACAAACAAUAUGUGUAUUCGAUCUUUUAAAAUUAGUAUUUGUAUUUCCUAUUUAAGUUGAGUUAUAGUUUUAUUGGAUGUUUUAAGUUUUUCAAUGUCUUAAUUUUUUAUCCUUUUCCUCUUUCUGCAUGGUUUAAUGGAGAAUUAUUGUAAUCUUUUGAUUAAUGUCGACUUUGAAUAACUUGCUUAAAAUGUGUGAUCAAGAAACGAAGGUGAAGAUCAGUUGACUAACAAUAACAAAGAACAAUGGAAAAACGAUCCAACAGAAAAUUGUGCUAAGAAAACAACAAAAAAGCCAGCGGAGGUAAAUCACCUGACCUCAAACACAUUUUUUAUGUGGCGGUCAAUUUUCUAAGUUGUUUCUUUUCCGAAAAAGUCGGCUUUAAAUUGAGGUCAAUCUACUGUUGUACCACUGUAAUCUAAAUUUUUAACUGACAGUACAUUUUAUUUGCUUUUAAUUUCUUAAUAAGGCUCAAAACAUUUAUACGAUAUUUUUCCAAUUGUAACUAUUCCUCCACAAGAGACAAGCCUUAUAAAAAAAGGAAUCAACAACUCGAAUUGUUUUAGAGCAGUUUUAAUGUAUGAAUUUGUAGCGUAGUCCUUUUGAUAAUGAAAAAUAAAAUACAGUUUUGUCGGAAACAGGA